AUGGCCGACACCGAGUGGGAGCCGCUGAAAAGCGAACUUGAGCGACUCUACGUACGCGAGGGAAAGGCUUUACGCGAAGUCAAAGAUGAGAUGGCGAGGAAAGGAUUUGUGAAAUCGGAGCAACAGUUUACGAGACAAUUCAAAAAGUGGAACUUCCGCAAAUAUCAGAGAAGGCUAGGGGCCGAGGAGUGGGAUUUCAUCGGGAAGCGUAUCUACAAGAGAAAAGAGCGUUUUGGUAGAGACAGCGAGGUAUAUAUCGACGGUACCAAAUACUCAGCCAAGAGGUUGAAAAAGGAAGCAUACGGGAAGGCGUUUGUCAGGACAUAUGACAAGUUUGAAAGCACUAAUGUACCCUCUCCACAAACCCCAGACGGAAUGUUGAUCUGUACACCUGCCUCACCCAGCAGCAGUCCGGUUGCUGCUCAAGGUCUCUUUCAGCCGGGAAUGUAUGUUACUUGGAAUGAAUCUCUUCCGUGGCUGCGAUUUUCAAAGUUAUUGCAGCAAGGGGAGCAUCAAGGUCUCCCAUCCUUCCCUGUCUCUCUAAGGGCGCCUCCUCGUCGAGAAAUCGAUGGUUUAUUCUAUCACAUAAACAGGGAGGUGCUACAAUGCUUGAGCUCGAUUUUGCCCUGGGAUCAACUUGCCCUUCCACCGAAUGUUCAUAGCGAUCUACGUAUUGCGGCUGGUCUAAGCAUUCUGAUGACGGAGGAGUUUGGCGGAUCUCACGCGGACUUUGCACUCCGAUUGUGUGACUCGAGGGGGAUGGGCAUUGACCGGUUAACGCUGCAUUUAUUCCUGCUGUCGAACAAUUUUCUCGGGCAUGACAAAAGUCGCUCAGAAGAAGAAAAUGACAUUCAUGUGCUACAAAUGCUUCGAAUAUCCGGUUGGAGCCAUGCUGCCCAUAUACGUACGCUGCUGUCCAGGCACGAACCAACAAUUGACGCUAUCAUUGAGAAAUUAUACGCCAGCGCACUCCGGGAAGGCGAUUUGGAUAUCGUGAGAGUACUUCUCGAUGCCGGGUUAGAGUUGAAUGCAGUUAUUCCUGUCAACCGAUUUGGUGAUUUCUUUGCUAGGCCUGUUGGUGUCGCAGCAUCCAUCCCAGGCGACCGCGGAUUGGAGCUCAUUGAUUUCUUGUUAUCGCGAGGAGGAGAAAUUAACCAUCUACCAGGCGAUGACGAACCGGGUGUCAACGCCCCUCUUUACUGUGCUGUUUUUGCGAGGAAUGAAGAGGUGCUACGGAUGCUUUUGUCAAAGGGCGCACUAGUUGAUACAUGGACGCUGGCGUCGGCCAUUGAAAUGGACGCAGAAAUGGACGACGAACUGAACAUCAUCCACGAGCUCAUUCAUCACUGCCCUGAUUUGACUCCUCCCUGCACCAACUUGUUAUUCAAUCCUCUCGCCCAGUCGGUCAGAACUGAGAGGUUCGAGUUUGUUGAUAUCUUGCUCAUGAAAGGCGCGUGCGUGAACGAGGUAGUUACCAUCAUGUACGACGAUGAUUUUUGGCCGGUCUCAACAGUACUCGGCCUCACUAUUCAAGCCGAGGAACGACAAAUCAUUGACGCUAUGCUACGAGUCUGUGGAGAUGCCAAUCCUCGGACAGGUAGGCUGCAGUACGAUUCACAAAGAAAACAGUAUAUCAUACUGGGGCUUCGUAACUUUGACGGUUCUAUGUCAGGUCCAAUUCGUUAUGUUUCCCCACUUAGUAUCGCUGUCUCUACUGGGGACACUACCACUACAAAACAUCUCCUGGGUAUAGGUAGUGAUAUUCGAAUUGGUGAUCGGGACUCAAAGAGGACAUUGCUCGAGCGUGCCGCAGUCAACGACAAUCUAGAUCUUUGCAGAGUACUGCUGCAGCACGGUGCAAUGGUGGACAGACCACUGUCUGAUCACGAACCGACCACAUCUGCAAUUCUAAUUGCGACGCAAAACCAAUCCAUUGCCCUAGUUCAUCUUCUGAUUGAGGCUGGUGCACGACUGGAUGAUACAUACCAGUCAGCCCCCGAUACCGUGCUGGCCGCAGCGAUAGAGACCGGAAAUGAACAGCUGAUCAGACUCCUACAAGUUUCCGGAGCAACGAAUUUUGGGCAACGAGUACGGCGCUUUGGUACUCACAGGACUGCUGAGUACGUACAGAAACAAGGGGUACUGGAGAGCGUUCUUCGUGGAUCUGGGCCUGGUCCCUUGAUUGCUGCAAUACAUGCACAGGACGACAAUCUAGCACAGUUUCUUAUAGAGCACAGCGUCGGUAUGAAGGACUAUCUCACGUCCACGGGCACUGAAGGAGACACUGCUCUAGGAGCUGCGAUUAGCACAGACAAUGCGAAAAUGAUACAAAUUCUGCUCGAUUGCGGAGCAAGAGUAACCGACUACGAUCUGACCGAAGCUGUUGAUCGAAUCUGUGACACUGAUGAGGACGAUCACCUACUCCGGCGCUUACUGGCCCGCGCAGUGGGGCUAAAUGCUCCUACUGCGGUGGGAAGUGCAAUAAUGCACAAUCGCGAAGACCUUGUGACAACCAUGCUCGAAAGUGGCAUAAGCCCGGAGGGAAAGCCGCAGACAUGCUUUGACGGGGAUCUUUCCUCGGCGUGGGCGUUAACCAAGUUCGGUGACCCAUUGUCGGUACUUGAGAUUGCCGCACUGAGGAAUAAUGCGUCAAUUCUGCAGAAGCUUGUUCGAUCAUCCUUUUUUGACUCUCAAUUUGCGGGCCGGGCGUUGGCAAUAGCAAUCCUCGAGAACAAUGAUAGUGUUGUACCGCCAUUGCUAGAUUGUAGGAUCGACGUCAACCAGGAGAUCCGUUACGACUUCGAGGGAUGGAUUAACGCGCAUUUCGAAACGAAUCGCUAUCCAAGUCUUUCCAUAACCCCAAUUCAGGCCGCGGUAAAAGACCAACGGAGGUCUAUUACAUUGACACUCCUCGUUCGCAAUGAUCUGGAUAUCAACCAUCCAGCGACAGGCAUAAGAGGCCGUACUGCCCUACAGUGGGCGGUAGAAAAUGGGGACGCAGAACUUGUAUCUUUGUUGAUUAACCAUGGCGCAAAUGUUAACGCCCCACCAGCAGAGGAGAUUGGAGCUACGGCAUUACAAAUCGCAGCUAUGAAAGGAUAUCUUGGGAUUGCUCGCAGGCUUAUUGACCUAGGGGCUAAUAUUAAUGCCCCGCCUGCUCGUUCUAAUGGACACACGGCGCUCGAGGGAGCAGCAAACCACGGUCGGAUGGAUAUGCUCCAUCUCCUUCUCGACUGCGGUGCCUCGGUCAUAGGUGCUCACGGUGAGCAACAAUAUCAGAAUGCCGUGGGGAUGGCAGAGCAAUCCGGACAUCAUGCUGCAUCGAGGCUCCUGAGGGCCUUCAGGGAGCAGAAGGAGGCGGAGGCAAGUGCAAGUGCCGUCUUUGAUUUGGAGUCUGCGGAUGAGACAGAUAGCAGUGUUGAGUGGAAGAAUUGGGUUUGUUUUGACUAG